CUUUAUCUACUCGACACUCACCAACCCUCUCAGGUUGCCAAGCGACCCAGUCUCAAAAAAAAAAAAAAAAAAAAGACACUUGCAGUGCACCUGAGUCUUGUUGUGGCUGAUUGAUGAGCUGCAGCAGUCAAUGAGAGCAGGGGGAGGACUUUCAAGGACGAGGCCAGGUAACAGAGGAAGAAAAGUGGGCCGCUUUGUGAUGGUUUGAACUUGUUUCCAUGAAAAUCUAGCAAGCACAAGUGUUUUCAAAUAGUUGAAUGAUUGAAAUGAAUGGUCCAAAAAUAGGCCUUUCUUUUAUAAAAAUAGUAUUUUACUGAGAUUAUUUUGCAGAAGUGGAGGCCCAAUUGUGAUGAAACUGUGUUUUUGGGAUUAAGUUCUUAGAAAAGAAGUGAUUUGAGCAGCUGCAGCAUCAAAUUGUGCAAAUAAGUCCCUCAUGCGAACAUAAAGCUGUCAGUGUACAUAAGUGUGUGUAGGUUUUAGUGCACCAGGAUUACAAGAGCCAGUCUGCCGACGCUGCUGACAACAGACCACUGGCACUGGGAGAGAGACCCUCUGAAAUAUGCAUGAGGAAACUUACACCUGUCUCCAGGUAACCAAGGCAGGGAUUCUGGACCGUGACGUUGAAUUUAGCAUGUGUGGGUGUGUGUGUGUGCGUGCAAGAGCACCUGUGAUAGUGCAUGCACAAACAGCACAGCUUCCUAGCUUUACCUGUUCAGACUCUCUGCAGGGACGAAAGCAGCUGUCAACUCUCUGUGAGCUUUGGCGAGACAGAGAUCAAUCCGACUGGGAGGACCGUUAUGUCUAAAAGGUUCCCUGCGCCGCUGAGCUACUGAGAACUUCCCACAUGGAAACUGGUCCAAGUUGGCCCAACUGAGCUGAAGUUGAAGCUGGACGUGUAGACUAGUCAGAGGGUGGACCACAGAGGCAUCUUGACCUGAGUGCUGAGAAACGAACCACUCCUGCAAGUAUGAAUUCCAUGUUGAAGGUGUAUAAGAGCAAAGUGAUGAAGACCCUCAACCCUGAGUAUGAGGAUGAAGCUACAGACGAGGUACAGAACUCAAAACUUCCUCUUCUUUUUCAUCCUCUGAUUCAUAUUUGAGUGUCAGAAAGUGGAUGUAGAAGUCAGGAAGUCACCAGGUUUUGUUUGCUCAUCAUUUUUUAUUCAUCACAGGGUCAGAUGAGCUGGCUAAGCUGUUGUUUUCCAUGUGAGGGGAACUUUGAGGCAGAAGUUAGGCCUCAAGUAGAGUUCCUGAAAGCUGAGUUCAUAACUGAUGUUAAUUUUUUGCAUUUUUCUUAUUUUCUUAUCCUAAACCAUUUUUUAGGAUUUGUAUUUUGUUAUUUUUCAGGAAAAAAAGUUUCCCAAGAAUGCAAAACUUUGACGAAAGUCCUUUAAAAAUUAAUGAAAACUUACAGAUAUGGGAAAAGACUGUAUAUUUCACCAUAUGCAUUAAUUUUGCAAACAUUAUUAGGAACCAAAACAUUGAAAAAAAAACUAGUAAUUUCCCCAGAAGUAGCUCCAGCUGUGGCUGUAACGUGUAAACACAGCACAUUGUAUUACUCUAACGUCAGUAUCUGACUGUCUCAGAUACCUGGUUUGUUGUGGCUUUAUCGCAACAUCUCCUGGGUUUGAUACCAGCAAUAUAGACUCAGUAUUGGGCUGACCCAGAUCUCUGCAGGGCUGAGAAAUUUGAUCCACUAGCAAACGGAUUAGCUGGCAUUCCACUGACACUGACAUGGUGGACAAGAAGGACAGAUAACCAGGGCCUGUUUCACUUGCAAGGCCAGUCGGGGCAUCUGAAGGAAAGAUCUGGACUUACUGAGCUGAUAUUCAUUUGGCAGGAUGUGCAGGGAUGUCUGCGGUAUAUUCUUUUGAAAAUGAUGUCCAAAAACUCACUUUACAAACAUUUAUAUUCCCUCAAAAAGGAAUUAAAGCACUUCAAACAUGUCAUGUCAAUAAAUCUAACAUCUACUUGUCAAUCACCAGUCCUAUCCUGGGUCCUCUGCUGGUUGUAGUAUCCACAAUAUGCACUAGAUGGCGACCUUGUAUUCUGAAAUCCUGUUUGUCUGUACCUAUGUUGGACAUGAAAAUUAAAGAAAAGCUCAGACUUUAAUGUUUGAACAGGUAAAGAGCACAUCUUUAAUCUGUUUUAUGCUGUUGCAGGUCACAGAGGUGGAGAAUGACGUGAGUCCUGUGCAGGAGGAUGAGGGACCAAAUGCUGUGUCCCAGUUGGCCAGGAAAGUAUGUGGACAUCGUCAGCUCCAAGUUACAAUACAUGUUUAUUGUCACGAGUAUUGUCACAGCACGAGUACACUGCACUUAGCAUGCAAUGCCACAAGAGUAAGCCUUAAAAAAUGUCUUAAGAUAUAUAAAACAUUGGGGAGGAACAUGCAGCAACAGGUUUGAACUGCUGGUCAUUUGUUAUGUUUUCCAGUGAGGUGAUUGGGAUGUUUUAUGUUCUUAAAGACACAUUAAAGAGAAGAAAAUAAUUGUUCAUAAUUCUCUCUGUUAGCACACGAUUUCAGGGUAUUAUAAAAGUAGGAAACUCAUCAGGAAGUCUGUCUCUACAUGUAAUACAGAGGACUAUUGUUCAUCUGAUCCCCUGAAACCACUUUAUCGCAUACCGUUAUUAACCUUUGACCCUGUGUGUAUGUUUUCUGUUGUGUGCAGAUGCAGGGGGCCGGGACUAAAAGCUGGAACAGACUAUCAUCUCUCUUCAACAAAGAAGAUGAACAUCAACUCCUCGAGGAGACAGAGAGCCCGCCCGUCCCAGACCAGUGAGUGAAGUCUGUCUCCUCUUAUUGCUUUCAUCCUCUCUCCUGGUUUACACUGUUCCUCAAACCAUCUGUGGGUCUCAUGAGGGUAACAGGGUCAGUGUGUGGACCUACAGUAUAUGCCUUUUUUUCAUUACUUUUCAGUUUCAUUUGUGAAAUUAUCUCCGGUUAAAAUUUUUAAAAUUUGCUAAAAUUUAAGCUCCUGUAAGGAUUUUGGGGUUUUAGUUUGUGUUGACUUUGGCGACCCCUGUGGACAAAGUGGUCACGCUGGUGUUUUGUGACAUAAAGCUAACUCUGCUUUCUUCUAUCGCUCAUUACACCGACUCCAUGGCAGCAAUCUCAGGUAUUAAAACCAGCUUUAAAGUUAUAGCUAAUUAAAUGCUGGUGAUUUGAGUGAUUUUAAAAUUCGUUUUGAGGCCUCUGUGAUCAGUGUUUAAAGGUGUUGCCAAUUUCAGUACACAAUAUGCUACUUAAACACUCCGUUACAAAGAUACAGCUUCAUUUAUCAGAUGCUUUUUUCCAGGGGGAGGUACAUCCAAGAGGAGUACAGUAAAAACAACAUUUAAGACAUAAGCUGGUGCAAAAAAAAAGGCAAACAGGAGCUUUGGCUUGAAUAAGUGCUCAAAAACUGAGGUUGUUGUUCAUGAGCUUAUUUAGUCACUUUUGGAUAGUACCAGGUAAGCAGAUUUCAGGAUCUGGAUUUACCAAUAAAACUAUCCAUCUAAACCUUUGGCCAACUUUUUUUGUCUUAUAAAUUUUAAACAAAGUUUAAUUAGGUCAAUAAUGUAUGAAAAACAGUAUUUUACUGACCCCUCCACCACUUUCUUUGAAUCCUCAGCCCUCUAGCAGUAAAACCAGAAGAACCUCCUCGACCAACCAGGCGCUCAGGAUUCUGGGAUAGCUUUGCAACCAACUGGGCUGCCAAGAAGCAGGCAGAAGCUGCAGCUGCUGCUGCUUCAGCAAAUGAAGUAGCAGCGGGGCAGGGUGAGGAGGGGGUGACAGGAGUCAUAGGGGAGGCGACGGCCUCUCAGGAUGGGCAGUCCGCUGAGGGGGCGGCGGCUGAAGGAGGAGGAGGGGGAGGAAGGAGCAGCAACAACAGCUUCUCUAAAUACGUCUCACUUGGAGGAGGAGGAGGAGGGAGCAGCGAUGCAUCCUUUAAGUGGAACUUUGUCACCAGUAAGCUGGCAGAACUGAAGACCAAGAGCAACUAAAUGAUGUGAUGAAGAAAUCUGAGGAAAUACAUGAUGAAGGAAAUGAUUUAGGAGUAUGGAGGAAGUUUGACAGAAUAUAUUUAACACUGGAUGCCCUAAAAGUCCACUUUAUUGUCCCUUUAAAAACAUCUCCAGUCUUCGUUUCAGUCAUCUCAUGCUGAUGAGCAAAGUUCAACCAAAGUUUUAGCCUUAACUUCUCAAUUUCAGAUCCAAAUACUCUCAGGACACAUUUACAGUCAAAGUCUAUUUUUAGUCCCUCAUUCUUUGGGAGAAAGGAGAGAUAAUAGAACAACGAUUUGUUGAUGUUUGGUUCAAGUUGGUUUCUUUUGAAAAUCUAGAAACUCAGCACUUUGACUACCCAGAAAAAAGACUUAGAGAUGGAAGAUAUACAGUAGAAAAGGUUUUAUCAUUCUGAGACGGAGCGUGUAGAAAUAAGAUACACAAGGUGGAGAUAAACACAACAGAUGUUAGACUGCGUCGUCUCUUUAAGGCGGCUCUAAACGGGUCGUCCGUUGAUAUCUUCCUUCUCAAAGUGCUCUCCAAACCACAAAAAGAGGCCUUCACACCUGUCAGCAAACUUAAUCCAAUCUGUAUUUUAUCAAAACCUGGAUUAAGAGAUUAAAGGCUAUAAUAGCCGGAUUAGUCACAGAUUAUCUCACUUUCUCACUUAGCCUGUUUGGAGGGCAGGGGAUUUCAGUCUGGAGACUUGGCAGACUGACAUGACCGUUACAUAAUGACAGCAGGUAGGAAGAAAAUCUCUCUCUCCAGACACCAGGAGGAGAAACGUGCUGCACGGCUAUAUGAAAUAUGUAAAAUAUGAAUGUGUGUGGUGAGACGAUGUCAAGCGCACAGAUAUGUUUAACUGACUUGAAUUACCUGAUUGUGACUGAGGCUGACUUGUGCAAAGUGUGAGUUUUUAACCUUCCUAACUGUGACAUGAACGAAGUAAGGGUUUGAUAUUAGUCCAUCUCAUGUUUGUUUGUGUUUUGUCUUGUAUGUUUGAGUCUGCUGUUUUGUGUUCUCCUACGCUCUAAUAAAAGGCUGCUGCUCUAAAAAUCAAUAAA